AUGUCGCGUCCUCCCCGUGAAGCUCCUAGUGAAGUCCUUAACCCCCCUGGGCAGCUUGUCCCCUUUGUCUAUGAGGGACUUUGCGGUGUCCGUCAUCCUGGAGUCAACGGAGGAGAUGGGCUGAAGUUCACCUUUGCCGAGUUUGCUCCUAGAGCCAUCUGCCUGCCUGGCUUUGGCCAUACCCCUGAAUCGGCCCAUUUGGCCUGCCGCUUUGUAGCGAACUUGGCUGCGCGCCAUCAUGCCGAUCUACUUGCCAUGAGGUCCUGGGACUGCCAGUUCUGCGGUAUCAAAGCCUCAACGUUCAACCUGGUAGUCGUCUCUUUUCUGUCUCCUGAGGCUGGGACCGUUGACCCCAUCCGUCGAUCUGUCUGGGGCUAUGGUGUGCCUAUUUGCCGGACUGCUGGAUCUUGCGAUCAAAAAGCUGGGCGACUUACAGCCGAGUUACGCGACACCUAUAUUUCUGGCCUCGCCACGCCACCUUCUCCCUCCUGUAUGAUGUGUGGAAGCACUGAAGACCUUAUGCUUUGUAGCGGCUGCAAGGUAGUUCGUGUGCAUAAGAAGGAUUGCCGGGCUGCACAACGUGAGAAGUUAAGGGAUAAAAUACAGGAACAUCUACUGAGACAAAGAGAGUCUCACUUCUCAAAGUUCAAGGUGAGAAAGCCUUAA